AUGCAGUUCUUACCUGUGAUCCUACCUUUUCUACUGAUAUCAUCUGUCUUCUCAUCGGAUGAAGUAUUUAGUGAAGAACCGAGUGAUAAUGCAGAAAUCACAACCAAGUCAUAUGGUAUGAUAGGUGAUAUAAACAACAAAGGUAGAAGAUAUAAUGAAGACACAACUGAUAUUCUUAAAGAAGUUAUUACAGAAGAAAGUGUCUUAUCAACUGACAGAACAGAAAAACCACCGCCUACACCAUUCUCUAGAAUUGUACGCUCAUUUGACUUUUACGAUGACCUCUACGAUAGUUAUAGACGUAAAAACAUGAAGGAAAACAAAAAUAAUGAUCCGAAAAAUAUAUUAAACGAUAUACGGUCGAGAAACUCUCAAUCAAAUUAUAACGAAGAUCAACAAAGGAGGAUGUUCUUUUCACAUAUAUUUUCUCUAUUUGACGAUGACAAAAAUACAAGAAGAUCUGGAAAAUCUGAUAAAUCGAAACAUUCUAAAUCUCGUAUUGAUCACGAAGACAAUUUUAAGAGUCCAAAAGCUCGUACUGAACAUGAUUCUCAUAGAAAAAUAUCUUUAAACAAUAAAGAUAUGGAACCAGACUAUGAUUCUUUCGAAUCUACAUUUGAAUCAUACUUGAAUAGUAAACGUUUAUCGAAUCAAUAUAACGAUGAAAACGAAAGCAAACAUAAGAGAAAGAAUAAAGGGAAACGUCAAGCUAAAAUUAAUAACUCGCGUCCAGAAAGCGAUGAUGAAGGAGAUGAAGAUGAUGCGGAAAGCUUUGAAACUGUUUCAAAUAAACCAGAUGAUGGUCUUCUAGAUUACGAAUUUAUACCGAAUAAAAUGAUCAAGAAUAGAAAAAGAAAAAACACUUACGACGAGGAAACUUUUGAUUCACAGACUCCAUUAAUAAAUAGCGUUGUAACUUCAACGCCUGUAUCAGACAUUGUUAAUGAAAUGGAUAGUUCAGAAACGGCUUAUUUAAUUCGUACACCCUCAUUCAAUUACUACCAAACUGAUGUUACUUAUGCAAUACCUGAUGACGAAAGAUCAAUAGUAAAUGAAGAGAGUGAACCGAUUAACAACAUUGAAUCAAGUGCAAUUGAUAUCAAUACUGACAAAGAUACCGAUGUUUUCAUAGUACCGGAUGAAAUAUUUAAUAACACAGACAGCGAAGUUACUCAAGAAUCCGUUACUUUUAACCCUGAUGUAAAAAUUACUGUAACAAAUAACCAAAACGUAGAAAGUGUAUCUCAAGAAGAACUAAAUAUACCAAACGAUAAUUUAAGCGAAGAUGAACCUGUAAAAGUGGUUUUUGAUGAUUUGAAGAACAAUCAAAGCUAUGUCUCAGACAUAGAUUCUAAAAUUGUAAAUGAUUUAGUAGGUAAAGAUACAAGACGAAUGAAUUAUAUUGAUGUAAAGAAAGAUAUGGAUAAAGAAAUAAAGAAAGUAAAAGACAUCUCAACUAUUAAAGAAGAAUUAGAAACUCCUGAAGAAGAAUUGAAAGUCUCUCAAGUCUACGUUGAACCGGCGAGACCUGAUGUUAGGAACCCAUUAUCGGCUCGAAUAAAAUUAGAUUUAUUAAUACAAUUACCGUCGCAAAUUGACGUUGGAAAUAUUUAA